UUACAUGUUGGUGCGACUGAAAUUAUUUCUUUUUCGAUAUUUAGCAUUCGUAAAAAAUUGAUAUUCCUACGAAAAAGAUUAUGAUAAUAAACUCAUAAAACGUAAAGUUGAUAUCAAAGUUGACAAAAGUAUUUUUAUUUAAAAUGGAUUCAGACGAUGUGAUUACCUUCAAUUCAAUGGAAGAAGAAUUAAAUCAUUGGAAAGAUCUAGCGCAAUUAUAUUUAAUUGAGAAACAAGAAUUGCAACGAGAAUUUACUGAUUUUACUGAUGAAUCCCAACAACUAGAGAAAGAAUUAGAAAUAUCACUGGAACAUGCUGAAAAAAGUAAUAAAGAUUUACGACAAGAACGUGAAAGAUUACAAAAAGAAAUUGAAUCUCUUCAAAUGCGUUUAGAACAAUCGUCACGAGAAAUAACAACUUUACAAUCAGAAAUAACUUCAUUGAAAAAUGAACGACAUACAACAUCAAUAUAUAUACGAGAAUUAGAACAAAAAAAUGACGACCUCGAACGUGCACAACGUGUUGUUGCUGAAAGUAUAGCUGCAGCCGAAAGUACAUUAAAUACAGCAAUUGAACGUAAUGCUUUAUUGGAAUCUGAAGUCGAUGAAAAGGAACAAUUAAAAAUUAAAUUACAACGAUUAAUGGAUGAAACUAGAGAUUUGAAACAAGAAUUGCUUGUUAGAGAGCGAACCACAAUACCAGAUAACGAGAGAGCAUUAACUAAUGGACAUACAACACCACAACAACCGAUCGAUUCAAAUAGAUUACUAACCGAAAUGUCUUCAGAACAUCAGUCAUCUAGCAUUAUCGGUCGACCACCAUCACCUGCAAAGAGAGACCCUAACGUAAUUGGUUCACCAAUGACACCAUCUGCGAGACUAUCAGCACUAAAUUUAGUGGGUGAUAUUCUACGUAAAAUGGGGUCCUUAGAAGCAAAAGUUGCUGCUGGACGAAAUCGAGAUUACGCACAAAACUUAGAAAAUAGGUAUCGACGACUGAACAGGGGAACAACAAACACUACAAAUAACAACAACACAUCUCUACAAAGUACGAUAUUACACUGAAAAUUAUGGCAACAAUAUUAAGAUAAUUACAAAAGUAUAUAUUUAUAGAAGAAUAUAUCUUCCUAAAAUUUAGGUAGAUCAUAAUAGUAAUUAUGAGCUAAAACAAAAUUCAAGACAUAAUCUCUACCCCUCCCCCCUGAUUCUAAUUACAAAUUUAAAAAAAAAUUAGAUAUCGCAAUUUUUGU